GUUUCCGCCGGAUUUCGUGCAUAUCUAAGUCAAAAUUUCGUAGUUUCUAGUCUUGCUGUGAUUGACCCCACUGGAGACCAGCUAACCGUGGACAAACUCUUGCCUGCUGCACUGCAUCACCAAUCACCAAUCACCAAUCACCAACAAUGGCAUCUGGAAUCGAUCUGAGCCGCGAGUGCAAGCACGUGUUCGAGCAGAUCCGGAAGCUGAAGCAGCAUCGAUACGCGGUGUUCGUCAUCCAGGACGAGCGGGAGAUCAAGGUGGAGUUGCUUGGAGUGAGGGAGGCGAACUACAGCGACUUCCUGGCGGACCUGCAACGGGGUGGACCCAACCAGUGCCGCUUCGCCGUCUAUGACUAUGCGUAUCAGCACCAGUGCCAGGGCACCUCCUCCACCUGCUUGAAGGAGAAGCUAUUCCUGAUGCUCUGGUGCCCCACGCUGGCCAGGAUCAAGGACAAGAUGCUGUACUCCAGCACGUUUGCGGUGCUCAAGCGGGAGUUUUCCGGCGUCCAGAAGUGCAUACAGGCCACCGAACCGGAGGAGGCUUCUCACUUUGCUGUCGAGGAGCAGCUGCGCUUCUUGGACAGGGAGUAGUCCUGCUGCCCUUGCUCCUUCUCGAAAUAUAGAACGCUCUUUUCA